GAACGAGGAGAGAGAUAUUUUUGUUCUUCCUUUUUUUCCCAUUAAGAAGAGGAGGAGAUUCUAGACCCCAACUAACAAAAACAAAACCGAAUCUCUUCUGUCUUUACUGAAUCCGUAUCGACUGUUCCUCCUUCUAUCUCUUCUUCUCUCAAUAGAAUCACACAAUUUCAAUUUUCAUAAAUUCAAUCGAAAUGAGGGUUUGAUUUUUGUUCUGUGUUUGUAGAUAGAAUUAUGCCUACAUUUACAGCAAUAUCUAUAGAUAGUUUGUUAGAUCGAAGCUUAGCUCCAAGAAAAUCGAUACUGAAAUUGGAGAGAAGAAAUACAACCCCUAUCCCACCAACAGUCAAGGAAAUUCCUAAUCCUAAACAACAAUCACAACAGCACGGCGUGUCUCCGUCUCCAUUGUUAUAUACAACACCUGAAACGACUCCAAUUCCGGAUUCUUCAUCAUCAUUUCCGCCUUCUCCAUAUAUUGUUAAUCAUAAAAGACGCGGUCCUCGUCUACGCAGCGUUUCUCAAGAUCAUAUCCCAGUUUCUGUCCGUCAAAAUGGUGAUGUUGAUAAGAUUGAUGUCAAAGAUGUGACGGUGGUUCCGGAGUUUUCUUUUGCUUCGUCGGCUCCGGUUUGUGAGGAGGAGGUGGUAGUAGUGGGUUCCAAUGGUUGUUCUGAUGAUAAGAUUGGGAGUCAUAGUUUGGUUGAUGAUUCGGUGGAGAAGAACGAGAAUUUGGUGAUGAAUUCGGGUUCUAAUAGAUGCGAGAGAGAUUAUGAGUUCGAUCACUUAUUUGAUUCUCAAGAACCUCAUCAAUCCAUGGGUUCGAUUGGAAUUAGUAAAAACGUUGCAGAUGUGGUGGUCGAGGAUAAUGGUGGAGUUGAGCAGGAGGAGUCUUCGGUUCUGACUACACCAGUGGGGGAGUUUUAUGACGCGUAUGAAGAACUCUCUAGUGAGGGUGGGGCAUCGUCCUCCCUCCGAGAUUUUGAGGCUGAGCUGCGUGAAAUAAGACUAAAUUUGCUAAUGGAGAUAGAAAAACGAAAGCAAGCCGAGGAAGCCUUCAAUAAAAUGCAAACGCAUUGGCAGCAGCUCCAGCGCCGUUUGGCUGCUAUAGGGUUGAAACUACCUGCAGAUCCGAUAUUCACAGAAAAAGAUAAGGAUUCGCCUUCAGAUAUAGUUGCAGACCUCUGCCAGCAAAUUCAUAAUGCACGAGUUGUUUCAAAUUCUAUUGGUCGGGCUACUGCGAAGGCCGAGGCUGAGAUGGAGAUAAAGUCUCAGAUUGAGUCAAAGAACUUUGAGAUUGCUCGCUUGUCAGACAGGCUGCAUUACUACGAAGUUGUAAAUGCUGAGAUGUCUCAAAGAAACCAAGAAGCUAUUGAGAUGGAACGGCGUCUUAGGCAAAGAAGGAGAAGUAGACAAAGAUGGGGUGUUUGGAGUUCGGUAGGUGCUGCAGUUGUUGUUGGCACUGUGGCUCUACUAUGGUCUUGUGAUAGUGCAUCAUCAUCAUCAGCAACAUCUGUUUCCGAUUCUCCAGGCAGUGCUGACACAUAAGCUGGCCCAUUACACCAAAAAUAAUACGCCACCAUACUUGCUUGCAGUGUUGAUCAAUCAAAUACGUCUUCUUCUGCAAGACUCUGUAUAGUACUAAUAAUGAAAUUGUAUAAGCCGUCAGUAAGUUGCCAAACUUACUUGACAGUCGGCAAAAAAGAGCAAAAUAGAUUUUCUAUAAAAUCUAUAAAUUCCUUACUGAUAGAUAGAUCGGUGGAUAGUAUUUUUUUUUUUUAAUACAAAAUGUUCUUGUCGUGUGCAGAAUGAUAACUGGGCAGGUCCAUGGAAGAAUUUGGACAUCCGAGAGAAAUUUUUGUAGUUUGAUA